CGGACUAAACAGUCAGCGCACUGUCAUCUCUCUGGUGCGAUGAUGAAGGAAUCAGUGGAUGCCGAGAAAAAGAGGACUAUAAAAGACAAGGGAAGACAAGUUAUUGAUUGUAAUAGAGCAACGUAGAAAGACAUUUAAAGACGCUUAGUGGACACUGAGACGGCUGAGACAUCAUGGAGCUCGUCCCCAAAACCAAAUACACGCCCUUCAGGAGCGACUCCUUCAGCUCAACAGACGAGACGGUGUCCAAUCCCUCCCUCCCUUCUUCUGCUCCUCUCACUCCUCUCACCCCUCCUGGCAUCCCUCCUUCUCUCUCCUCGUCCUCCCUCACCCCCAUCCUCCCUCCUUCGUCUCCACGGCAGGCUGAGAACAGCCCCACCACCCUCUGCUCCUUCUUCCCCAAGAUGGGAGCCCUGCGGCUGGGCGUGUCUUCCACUCUGCUCCCAGGCCUGAAGGCCUCCAGCAAGCUGGCGAGCAUGCCAGGUGGUCAGGGAGGUUUGAGAGAGUUUCAGGAAGACACUAGGACCUCCGCCGCCAGCUCUUCUCUUCCUCCUCCUCUUCCUCUCCUUUCUCUAACAGCCCCAUCUCCUCCUCCUCGUCCCCCACAGGAUAUGAACCGGCUGGGCGGGGCCUCGCGGAGGGCCCGUGUGGAAGGGGGCCAGCUCGGCGGAGACGAGUGGACACGGCACGGCUCCUUUGUCAACAAGCCCACCCGAGGUUGGCUGCACUCGGACAAUGUGGUCAGCACCAGUGGGGUCUCUUACUCUGUCAGGUAUAUGGGCUGCGUGGAGGUGCUGCAGUCAAUGAGAGCACUGGACUUCAAUACCAGAACUCAGGUUACCAGGGAGGCAAUAUCAGUGGUGUGUGAGGCAGUACCAGGUGCCAAAGGAGCUCAGCGAAGGAGAAAGCCCUCCUCUCGUUGUCUCUCCUCCAUCUUAGGGAAGAGUAAUCUCCAGUUUGCUGGAAUGACAAUCAACCUCACCGUGUCGACCAGCAGUCUGAACCUACUGGCAGCCGACUGCAAACAGAUUAUCGCCAACCAUCACAUGCAGUCCAUCUCUUUUGCAUCAGGAGGAGAUCCAGACACAGCAGAGUAUGUUGCCUAUGUCGCCAAAGACCCCGUCAAUCAAAGAGCAUGUCAUAUCCUGGAAUGCUCAGAGGGCUUGGCUCAGGAGGUCAUCAGCACCAUAGGUCAGGCUUUUGAACUGCGCUUUAAACAGUACCUGAAGAACCCCCCCAAACUGGUUACCCCUCAUGAUCGGAUGGCUCCUUUCGAUGGGUCAGCCUGGGAGGAAGAGGAAGAGGACUUGGCUCCACCCCCAGAGGUUCCAUAUUACAAUAACUUCCCGGGUAAACAGCCUCCCCCUGGAGGCCUUGUUGAUAUGAGAAACCGUCCUGGACACAGUACAGGAGCCACGCUGCCCUAUGGACAGCCCAGCCAGAACGAUAUUCACAAGCAGCCUCUACCUCCUCUACCAGUGGGUGUUAAGGAGGGAGGCUUGUUUGAUGACCCCUCAUACGUCAAUGUGGAUAAACCCCGCCUCCCAGCAGGGGCGGCAGCAGCAGCCAAUGGAAAUGCUCAUAGAGAUGCGUUUGACAUGAAGCCAUUUGAUGCUGCUUUAGGAGUGUCGGGAGCAGUGGCGCCCCCUCUGGCAGAGCAGUUGCAGAACGAGCCCUGGUUCCAUGGACCUCUAAGCCGCAGGCAGGCCGAAAGACUCCUGACCAAGGAUGGAGACUUCCUGGUGCGGGAGUCAGGCACCACACCAGGCCAGUACGUCCUCACUGGACAGCAGGGCAGCCAAGCCAAACACCUGCUUCUGGUGGAUCCUGAGGGAGUGGUGCGCACCAAAGACCACCGCUUCGAGAGUGUCAGUCACUUGAUUAGCUAUCACAUGGACAACCGCCUGCCAAUCAUCUCAGCAGGAAGCGAGGUGUGUCUGCAGCAGCCAGUCGAUCGCCGAGCUUGAGAAAAAAGGCCGAUUUUUCUCCACCACCCUUUUUAGAGAAAAAAACUCCUCCCUUUCCCUCUCCCUUUUUUUUUUUUUUUUUAGCCAGACUCUUUUAGAGAAAUACUUUUUUCCAAAAUGGGAGUGUAAGCUAAUCAUAUCUUCACAGAAA